AAAAGGAGGAAGCGGAGUGAGAGCAGCGCAUCGGCAGCUCGUCUCUACUCAACUGACGGGCAACAUCACAGACACCCAAAAACAACCUGCACCACAGUUUAUCAACUCCUCUACCCGGAGCAACGCACCAGGCGCGACUUUUGCAACCCUUCAGAAACGCAUUCAACCUCCUGCAACUCGCGUCGGUUCGUUGAAGUCAAAAUAAAGACAGUUGCACUGACAGUCGGAGAAUGGCAGACUCGGCGGCGGCCAACAGCGACGGGGAGGAUGGACCCCGCGAGCCCAUGCGGGGCUUCGCGCGCCAGGGAGCCCUCCGCCAGAAGAACGUGCACGAGGUGAAGGACCACAAAUUCAUCGCGCGCUUCUUCAAGCAGCCCACCUUCUGCAGCCACUGCACCGACUUCAUCUGGGGUUUUGGGAAGCAGGGAUUCCAGUGUCAAGUCUGUUGUUUCGUGGUUCACAAACGCUGCCAUGAGUUCGUCACUUUUUCCUGUCCAGGUGCCGAUAAAGGACCUGCAUCAGACGACCCGAGGGCAAAGCAUAAGUUUAAGAUCCACACCUACUCCAGCCCGACCUUCUGCGACCACUGUGGCUCUCUGCUCUACGGCCUCUUACACCAGGGCAUGAGAUGUGACCACUGUAUGAUGAACAUCCACAAGCGCUGUGUGGCCAAUGUGCCGAGCCUGUGUGGGACAGACCAUACUGAGAGGAGAGGUCGCCUCCAGAUCACCGCUGAGGUCAAGACUAAUGUACUCACUGUUACCAUCAAAGAGGGCAGGAAUCUGGUUCCCAUGGACCCCAACGGUCUGUCAGACCCCUACGUGAAGCUUAAACUGAUCCCAGAUCCACGCAGCGAGAGCAAACAGAAGACCAAGACCAUAAAGUGCUGCCUCAACCCCACUUGGAAUGAGACCUUUAAAUUCCACCUGAAGGAGUACGAUAAGGACCGCCGUCUGUCGGUGGAGGUGUGGGACUGGGACCUGACCAGCCGCAACGACUUCAUGGGAUCACUGUCCUUCGGCAUCUCGGAGCUCCAGAAAAACGGAGUGGAUGGAUGGUUUAAGCUGCUCUCCCAGGAAGAAGGUGAGUACUUCAACGUUCCUGUUGCUCCGGAGGGGGAGGAGGGCAACGAGGAGCUACGGCAGAAAUUUGAGAGAGCUAAGAUUGGACCAGGCAAGAACACAGAAGGCAAGUCGGCUAAUGCUGCGUCCCGGUUCGACUCCAAUGGCAACCAAGAUCGCAUGAAGCUGGCUGACUUUAACUUCCUGAUGGUGCUGGGCAAGGGCAGCUUCGGCAAGGUGAUGCUGGCAGAGCGUAAAACGACAGAGGAGCUGUACGCCAUAAAGAUCCUGAAGAAGGACGUUGUGAUCCAGGACGAUGACGUGGAGUGCACCAUGGUGGAGAAGAGGGUGUUAGCGUUGCCUGGGAAGCCUCCGUUCUUAACACAACUGCACUCCACUUUCCAGAGCAUGGACCGUUUGUAUUUUGUCAUGGAGUACAUAAACGGAGGAGAUCUCAUGUAUCAGAUUCAGCAGGUCGGCAAGUUCAAAGAGCCCCAUGCUGUAUUCUAUGCUGCGGAGAUAGCCAUCGGUCUGUUCUUCCUACAUCUAAAGGGCAUCAUCUACAGAGACCUGAAGCUGGACAACGUGAUGCUGGACUGUGAGGGUCACAUUAAGAUAGCAGAUUUUGGCAUGUGUAAAGAAAAUAUGAAUGAUGGAGUCACGACCAAGACCUUCUGUGGAACACCAGACUACAUAGCCCCUGAGAUCAUAGCCUACCAACCUUAUGGAAAGUCUGUGGACUGGUGGGCCUUCGGAGUAUUGCUCUAUGAGAUGCUGGCUGGACAGCCUCCAUUUGACGGUGAAGAUGAGGAUGAGUUAUUUCAGUCCAUUAUGGAGCAUCACGUCUCCUAUCCCAAGUCAAUGUCCAAGGAGGCUGUCGCUAUCUGUAAAGGGCUGAUGACGAAGCAUCCAGCAAAACGACUGGGCUGUGGUCCCGAGGGGGAGAGAGACAUCAGGGAGCACAGCUUCUUCCGCUACAUGGACUGGGAGAAACUGGAGAACAAGGAAGUGCAGCCGCCUUUCAAACCUAGAGCUUGUGGACGGGAUGCCGAGAACUUUGACCGUUUUUUCACACGCCACCCACCGGUGCUGACCCCUCCCGAUGAGGAAGUGAUUCAGAACCUGGACCAGGACGAGUUCCAGGGGUUCUCCUUUAUCAACCCAGAGUUCCCAGGAACUGCUGCUACCACCCCUGCUGCCGAGCAGGCUUGAUUUCGGCUCAUGCACGGACACAUGGACACACACACACAAACAUAUACAUAAUCAUUUUUCCCUAGUAUCAACCCUGGGUACCCUGGAAAUGAUUUGUGCUGUCACAGGAACCACAAAGCCACGACUCACACUGAUACACAACACAUAACACAUGUACACACAUCUGUUGUUCACACUGCUGCAACCUGGACGACAUGUUGGUCUCCUCUGAGGGUCCAUCUUCAGGAUAUAACAGCCUGAAAGCAUGAAGCACUUUAGUGCUGCACCGAAAAUAUAAUUUAAACUGAGAAAUUGAGAUAAUAGAUUGAACAGAAUGUUACUACUUAGCAAGAUAUGAGUCAUUGACUUUCGCCAAGCUUUGUUUUCAAGAAACAAAAAGCUUGGAAGUGUGAUUCACCACAAGCAUGCUGAAUCAACUUGUGUUGCUCACAGUGUGAACAAAGUGUUUGUGUUUAGUUUAACAGACCUCAUCAGAAUAGUACAGGGGCCAACAAGGGCAAACACUCUACAACAGCCCAAAACACUUCCAUCAGGAGAAACAUGCUGCAGCUUCAGAAAUGAUGCUAAUUCAAAAACACAUAUAAAAAAAUCCUUAAUAAAUACAACAAUAUGCAGCAGAAAGCCAAAACAGAUACAUGAUCAGCAGACAAUUUGUAAAUACAAAUACAAUGCAAAGUCAAAAAUACACAAAUCCCAAAACCAAAUGCACAAAACACACUGCAUAUCCAGUCAAUACAAUGGAAGUUAUCCAGGUCUCUAGGCAGAGCUACAUAAAUCUGUUGCUUUAUUAUAAUAUUGUAAAGGACAAAUGUUAAUAAGUAUACAUACCUCUUCAAUUUUGCUUCUCUAAUUUGCUUUUAAAAACACCCACACACUCUCUUUCUCUGUCCAACACAGUCUCACAGAGAUAUGGACAAGACCUCUCAACAAAGCAUUACAUUGUGGUGGCAAAAUCAUUGCUAGCAAAAUGAAAACAAUUUCAAUGAAAAGUCUAUUAUCAGUUUCAUUGUGAACUGGUCACAGUUUGAUUUGAUCUGGUUUAGGUAAAGAAAAAAACUUGAUUAGGUCUAGAGAACAAAAAAAUACUUGGUUGAGUUUAGGAUAACGUACUGUAACACGUCAGUUAAAAGCCUGGUCCCUUUUAUUAGCCCAGAGUGGCUACACAUUUUGGCAAAUUAGACGCCUGGUCUGGUUGCCAAGCAGUUCAUUUUUUUUAUAGAAGUUAUUUGGAUGUAUAAAAGCAGGUUGUUGACUACCUCAAAUUAUGUGUCUGUUCCUCUAUUACCUUGAAAGUUAUUCAUAUUCCUUUAGUCUGUAAGGAUCCUCAGAUCAAAAGAAUCAAAAGGGCUUUUCAUAAAAAUGUAUUACCGCCGUCAAGGAGGUUAUGUUUUCGCCGGCGUUGGUCUGUUUGUCUGCAACAUAACUCAAAAAGCUAUGAACGGAUUUUGAUGAAAGGUGGAUAAUGGGACAAGGAACAGAUGAUAAAAUUUUGGUGGUGAUCGGUUGAAGCAAAGUGGAUAAAAUAAUAAAAAAGUCUAUCGUCUGACAGCCUCAGCAGCAAUUCCAAUUUCUAAAGACGGUGAAAAUAGCGCCAUCUGGUGGCCAGAAAGCAUGUCUUGUUCUAGUUGCUAAAUAUUGUUGUAAUUCUAAAGUUGAAAUUAAUGUUCUGUGUUGGAAAAAAAAAGUGAAUAAUACAAAAAAACAUAUUAUAUUCUGUGUUGGUACAAAAUAAAAACGAAAUAAAUACACCACAGUGUCUCAAUGGUGAAGGCAUAUAUAACCUAAUAAUAAUGAUAGUGAUGCAAAUAACCUAAUUGUGAUGCAGAGGGGGAGGGAAUAUCACCUACUUGGCGGAGGUCUGCACUCUCUGAGUGCUUUUCUAGUUCAAGUUGUGAAUAUUGUUCUUACAGGAUAAAAUGCCAGGUGCUGUAACUCACUCUGUCUCUGAUGCACUCUCUGUCAGAGCUAAAUCAAAUGAAUGAUUCAUAAUUGAUAGAUUAACUGAAGCCUAAUUUUUAUACAAGUAAUAUUCAUACUGGUUUAAAUAAGUUUGACUGAUUUGAUGUGAUUAUAUUUACAAUCUUUCCUGAGUAACAGUUUUGUGUGAAAGGAACUGCGAAGGAAUUAAAGGCCUGUCCCAAAUAUAGGCCUGUUGAUUUCAGUGAUUGAAGCAAAUAAACGCCGGGCUAUUAAUUUAAGUUUUACAGUGAAUAACUAUUUACGAGACAUAAGUAAUGUAAACUUUCAUACUUUGCAUAAUGCCAUAAAGUACCUAUGUAAAGUACUUAACAUAAUCUCCAUAAAGUCAUGUAACUUCAUGGACUUUUGGUUUCACAUGAGACACAAACAGCCGUCUCGUGGUUGAAAGUCCAUGUUUGUUUAACCCAUCCUCAACCCUUCCCUCCCAGCCUACAUGGACUUUCUCACUCUUUAUACUUAAUUUUUUUUCGGGGUUUAUGUGUUUUCGACUUGUAUUUGUAGUGUGUUUGCUGUUUAUGUACUUGUUUUGGCUUUCUGCAGAAAGUGUUAUUAUUUGCAGCACAUUUCUGUUGUAUUUGUUUUCUACUUUCUUAUGUGUUUUUGAAUUGGCACCGUUUCUGAACCUGCAGCACAUCUCUCCUACUGGAAAUGUUUUUGGACACUGUAUCGCAUUUGUCCUUGUCGGCCACAAUAGAAUGAGGUUAGGCACAAAAAUGAUUCUUAAAACAUUUUUUGCAUCGUCAAAAAUGCAGUAAUUUUACAACCUUACUACACAAUAUUGACAAGUCAUGAUUCCCACAGCACACGCAAACACACAACAGCAUAACUCACAUGUAACAUAGCUCCAGGAUUCCAUUUUAUUACCUUUUUUUGGUGAAAAUUGUGAUUUAACUUUUCUUUUACUCAUCCCUCGACUAUUCCAGCGCAUUCUGAGUUCGGCCUGUACUUCUGGUGUGCUUUUUAUUCAAUGUGUAAUAAUAUUAAUAGUGUCUGUAUGUUUAUCCUUAUCUUAGCGAAAACUGGAAUGCUUCACAUACUUGUGCAUGAGUUUCUAUAUCAAUAAAAGCCCUGGACUUUGUUUCCCAGCAGCAUUUUAGCAUCUGCACCCCUCCGCAGCCAUUGUGUGGCUGUUUUUAAUGUUUUUCAGAAGUAUCUGGUGUAUGAUUUUACCCGUUGACACAGUGGAAGAUUUGUGCCACAAAAGACCACAAAUAUCAGAUUUUCUAUGUGUCCUAUUUUGGGGUCAUGAUGGUAAAAUGCUGUUGGGAAAUGUAGUCUUUCUAUAGGCUGUGAGUCAGUUAAAUAGAUAGAUGAUACUACUUCUUAUACUCUCAUUUUCUGUUAUCUAGUAUAUAAGCAAUGAAAGAGACUAGCAGUUAGUUUCUUUGUGUUUUACAAAAGCAUGAAACAUAUACCUGGGCAUUUGUUUACAGCGUACCUGUGUGUGUGCACAUGUAUGUUUUAUAUGUGUGCGAACGAGUACUGUGUAUGAAAACGCGCGUUUGCAAUUUUGUGUGUGCGUCAAUACCUGCGUCCCCAGCGCCUUGCCUGGCCUUGUGUUUACAUUUGUUUGUAUGGUGAAUAUCUGCACCCCUUCAUGUCAAGCAGUUUUGGUUUGAUCCACUUUACUUCCAGCCAGCGGCUCCACAAGUGGCAGAAGAGAACAGAUGUUAAAAGUAGAGAGGGGAUGCAUGAUAUUGAAGUUGAAACAAUUAGCAAAUAAUAUGAGGUUUCACUACAUGUCAGCAAGAGAAUAGUGAUACUAGAGAGACUGAGUGCUUCCUUGGAAUCUUGAAAGCUGUAAACGAGUUAGUGUUGCAGCAAAUUCCACCUCGAAAGCACCACCUCAAUACAAGAGAUGUUUUCUGUGGCCUGGAAACUAAAACUGAACUCAGAUUCCUACUUUUGAAAUGCAGGUUAAGUAGCUGAGCAUCUCAAAAAGUUCCUAGGCCAGGGAAAAGUUUCUGUGGUAGACGAAAAAAGGCCACUACCUGGUUUUCAAACAGCGGACCAAUAUGUCAUGCAGCUCUACUUUUCUGAUCUAGUUUUUGUUGGAAAGGAUUUGAGGCUCAACUCACUGUGAUUGGUGCUUUUUAAGUAGCCAUCUGCUGCGCAAUAAUUUCCAUCCAAACUACAGCAGCAGCAAAUAGGGACACAGGUGAAAGCUAGGCCGUCUGAAGCAGGAAAAUGUGUGUUUUGUCUCUUGUUUUCCCUAGCGAGCAAUAAUCUUGUUGACAGGAAGGCAGAAUUGGUACCGAACCAACCUUCAGAAGGCUCAGGUGACGACUGUAAUUAAAUAACACGCACAAGGCUAUGAGGUUAUGAAGCAUGUUGGUGGGCAUUUCUAUCUCAGUCAGAGAGGAAGACAGCUGUACGUUAUACAUUUCAGUGAAGCUAACGUUGUAUAGAAGUGGUUGAAGUGCUUCCUCAUAUCACAGUCCUCUUCAUCACAGAGGGACAUCAGGGAAGUUGUUUCUGCAAAGUGGGCGCAUUCAGGUCACUGGUGUUUAUCAGUAUUAGUGGCAUGAUGUUGUCUCUGCAGGUGAAGGAGAAUAAUGCGACAAUAUCAUAGCAUUUAUUCACUUAAACAAACUGUAAUCUGCCAUGCGUACAGGCGCAGGAGUCUGCUGUCAGUGUUGUGCACGAACAUGCUCAUAUUUUUGGUGAAUGACAGGGCUGCCCCCGACUAAGAAAUUUCCUAGUCGACCAAUAGUCGUCAUUUAGGGCCAUUAGUCGACUAGUUGCCUGCAUGUUUACGAUAUUAAUUUGAUUAUUAGAUGAUAUAUUUUGGGUGGGGCAACACAAUGGUUUGAGUUGAAGGUGUGAGAAAGAAUAGUAUCAGUAACAUUGUUAACACUGUGCUACAUUACAGAGAAAUACAAAACCGUACUAAUGAACCUUCAUUAAUAUAGGCCUAUAUUUUAUCUACAAGUGCACGUCACACACUGAGCGAGCCGCCUGUUAAUGACGCUGUGGGCUAAUGGGCAUGUAGCUACUUCCAUGUUUCAGAUGAUACGUCAUGUUUGUAGUCGACCAAUGAAGAUGAGUUUACAUAUCACCUUGGGUUCGUCCUUCACCUUCUCAAAAUGAUCCCACACUUUGGAUUUCUUGCCCGACAUGUUAUUAACUAGCCUGUGGAAUAACCGCCGGUACCAGCCCUGGAAAUUAACCUGACUCCUGUCUGACUGCUGAGCGUGGACACUUCCUGUGUCUGUCCUUUCAGAUUAAAUUUACGUUUUUUGUUUUGUUUUUCUGCGACUAAGCGACCAAUGAAAUCUUGGCGACUAUUCAGGGGCAGCCCUAAUUUUAAUCUUUGUGAACUGAGCUCACUCCUCUGAAGUGUGAACAUGCACAACACUGGUCACUGCAGUCUCCACAAGCAUGACUACAGAAAGGACAUUAUCAUUAAAUGAUAUCUUAGAAUAUCUGCAGUAUGGAAGUGACUGGAAGUUAAUGGGAGAUCUGAUCUAGCGAAUCAGAAUAUCAUGUUUAUUUAAAGCAGGAAAUUUUAAUUCAGGUCCCUAAAAUAUUUCUUGCAUCUUUAAUUUAGAAGCCAGUGGGUCUGCACAUACACUUUGGUUACUCCAGACAAUUUCACUAGUAUUUGAUGUAUGCUUUCAAAUAUCCUAACAUUUCAAACACAUUGUUAAAAAUGUCAUCUGCAAUUAGAGUGUUUUAAACUCUAAUUGCAGAUGACGUAUUUGAAAGAGAUGAUUUUUGCAGGCCACUGGCAGUUUUUUCUCUGCUUUUCCCUGAUAAGUGGGCCAGAUGGUGAAGGGUUAGCAGAAAGCUGAAGAAGGCUGAUCCCUGAUUGGGAGUGGCAAGAAUUCAGACCGAGGAGGCGUGCACUGAGGAUCUCUGAGUUCUCCUUUCGGUGCCUUGUCACUGAUCUGAAUAUUUUCACACACAGACCCCUGUAAUGCACGUUUGCAUCAUGCUUUUUGGUGGCAUUGAGACCUGCUCCAUGAAGUAAUUUGACAUUUUUAGCAGGUUAAUGGAUUAUAGGGAGGGAAAUCACUGAUGUGGGGACAGUCUUAACUAACAUCUGGAUAAAGUUGGUUAUCUCUAGUCUUAAAGUGCUGAUGAGUUGAGCACAGAAGAGCAGCUUUAGGCUUUCACAUUUCCUCCAUGACUAUGAUUCUAAAUGCAACUGUUGUGUUUUUAGCCAUAUCUUAUCUGUGUCCAUUUUCUGUGUCGUACCUCCAUUGUUAGUAUUUAUUACAGUCAGUGUCUCCUGUAUUAUAACAACAACAAAUAGCUAUAUAUACUUAUACAUAAACAUAUAUACCUGUGCCAAAUGUUGAUAUUUACACCAUGUGGUUAGUAUUGUAAAGGACAAGAGAAGUCUUACUCCAGGAUUUGUGUUUUUGUUUCUAUGAUUCCUUCCUGCUGAAGGAGAAGCAAAAUGAACUCUGCAUGAAAAAAAUGCUUUUGUUUUACCUUUUUAUUAGUUAGGAUUUAUAAACAUUUAACAUAUUAGGGUGAUUCAUGUUCUCUGUGUCUGCAGUGCUUCAAAAAGCAUAAUACAAGCUACUGUUGUGUGUGCUAUGUGUGAAAAUAAUGCAUCUAAAUACAUCGAAAGAGGAAAAAAAAAUGCUUCUCACAAUGCUUUCCAUGUGCCAAAAUUAUUUUUUUGUUUGUUUGUUUUCCAGGAAGAACAGGCAUACCUAAAAUAAAGGAUUUAAAAGAUG